GAACGUAGUGGGGUGGACGGAGCCGAAGUUGGACCCGGAUCUCACUCUCUGGAGUCCAUCCAGGUAAAUAAGUCAUUCAGCAGCAGUAGCGUGCGGCCUGUUCCCGUCCCUCCCACUGGAGCUCCCUCCAAGAGGGGCAAGAAGAAGGGCAGGCGGGGAGUCAAAGCCCUGAAAGUCCAGUCGGACCAUGGCUGUCCUGACAACAAUGGACCCAUUGACCUGAUGGAGGAGGUGAGGGACAUCGAGGCUCACCUGAAGGAGGAGGCCUGGAAGGUGGUACAUGAGGUGAAGGCCAUGAGCAGGAGAAGUUCCCAUGGGGGAAAUAGCCACCAGCUCCUUGGGAAGCCUGAGCUCAGUGGAUAUGAACACCCCUGCGGAGCUCCGUGACUACUUGGAUGUUGGGACCCCGGUCAAGUCGCGUGACAGCCCACCCAGGCCUGCUCCCCCUCCUACCAAGCCCAGGAGCAAACUGCCUCGGCCUAUAAGGUUCCUUAGCCUGCCAAAGGCUGCCACCGGCUCAGACAAGAAGGCAGCCAGUGAGCCAAAGGGCCAAAUAAAGAAAAGUCAAGACCAGGCCAGGUUGCAGCCCCUGUCCAACCCAGAGCAGGCCCUGACUAAGACCUUCAAGCUGCUCCACUCUGCCUCUGAUGACUGGGAGAAGAAGAUUGAGGGCUUGACCUCUCUCCGUGUGAUGGCUCAGAACCACAUGGACAUACUGAUGCCUAAACUCCAUGAUAUCUGCCUUGCCAUUAUAAAUGAGGUGAAGAACCUGCGCUCUGCAGUGUCCUGUGCUGCCAUGGCCACACUGGGUGACAUGUACGUCCACCUCCAGAGGGCCAUGGACAGUGAGGUGGAGGGGACGGCACGCGUGCUGCUGCACAAAGCCAGCGAGGCCAACACCUUCAUCCGGCAGGGCGCCAACUGUGCCCUGGGUCACAUGGUGCAGAGCUGCACCCCUACCCAUGUCAUGAAUGCCCUGCUGGUCGGUGGGCUGAGCCACCGUAACGCUGCGGUGAGGAGCUGCACUGCUCAGUACCUGGAGAGACUGGCUGAGGUCAUGGGGAUGGCUCGUCUCCUGUCGGGGAAGAAAGACCUCACUGACCGUUUCUUGAUUGCCGUCAGUAAACUGGCUGUGGACCCUGCACAGGAAGUCAGGCAUCAUGGUCGCAAUAUCUUGAGAAACGUGGCCACUAAAAUGUGGGACAAAUUCGCUCCAAGGAAAGAAGCGAGAAUCCUUGAGGAGGGUCAUCUCAAAGGUUAACCUCAAAGAAAGGUACAUUCUCUCUGGAUGAUUAGAAGAAGUAUGACAAAUGAGCUGAUAUGAUUACAGAAAUCCAAUCCCACUGGGCACAGUCAUCAGUUCAAUGUCUAGUUUUGAUUUAAACUUGGGAAAUGAACCAAAAUGUGAAAACAACCAAAAUUGUUGGUUAAAAGUUGCGUGAAAAAAAUCCAAUUGUGUGUUCCACAUUGAUUCACCGUCGUCACAUAGCUUUUUUUUUGUUGUUGGAAAGAGGUGGAAAUAACGUUUAUUCAACCAGUUUUGGCCCAAUGGGAUGAAUUUAAUAUACUGUAAGAUUAUACCUUUCUGUCUUUUCUCUUUUU